AGUAACGAAAAAUUGCUCGAUCGGCUCCACGUAAAUAAAGUUUAGAUCACAGCUUUGUUGAUUGCUUAUCGCUGUGGCAAAUAUAGUGAAUCGUUUAUGGCUGUACACUUUCGAAACGGACGUGGACAUAGCCGCUACCUAGUGUUGGAGGAUACGGAGGAGCAAUGGGCAAGGAUCAGCAUUUGCUGGAGGCUUCGCGAGGCGGCGACAUCAGGACGGUGGACAAACUGCUGGAGCACUCGAGCAAACGACAUGGCCCGCUGUCCAGCUUUCGGCGAAGUCCCAGCAUCAACUGCCAGGACAUGAAUGGCUACACUUCGCUGCAUCACGCCUGUCUAAAUGGGCAUAGCAACAUUGUACGGUUACUACUCUCCCACAACGCGCUGUUAGAUGUGCCUGAUAUACGUGGCUCGACGCCCUUAUUUCUGGCCGCCUGGGCUGGGCACCAGGACAUCGUCAAGAUGCUGCUGAUGCACUCGCCUGCGGGAGCCAAUCCGAAUGCCCAAACUAUCGAGAACGAGACGCCGCUGCACUCUGGCGCUCAACAUGGCCACAAUGCCGUGGUGGCCAUUCUGCUGUCGUAUGGCGCCGAUCCCGCCAUACGCAACAAUAGUUUUCAAACGGCUCUGGAUUUGGCAGCGCAAUUCGGACGCCUUCAGGUGGUUCAGACCUUGAUCCGCGUUUAUCCCGACCUCAUAUUGCCGUAUAAGCGUUUGGAGGAGGACGAUGAAGAACUGCUGGGCUGCUCGCCCAUAAAGCACAUCUUCACGCACACCUGCCUGCACCUGGCCAGCCGGAAUGGGCACAAGAAGGUGGUUGAAACACUGCUGGCGGCCGGCGUCGAUGUCAACAUACUCACCAACGCUGGAAGCGCCCUUCACGAGGCGGCACUUUGUGGCAAAAAGUCCGUUGUGGUCACCCUGCUUAAGGCCGGAAUCUACGUACACGCCACCGAUGGAAACGGACGCACAGCCCUGGACAUACUCUCCGAUUAUCCGCCGCAUGUGACCUACGACAUUGUGGGCGCCAUAAACGAAUUCACCCAAGCGGCGAGGGAACAUCAGAAGCCACUUGUCGUAGAGAACGGCACACAAUCGCUGCCAAAGCGGCUGUACGAGAAGAACUCGCAGCGAAAGAAGGUGCCGCCCAGGCAGAGGAAAAAGCAAGAUCAUCAAGCCAACGGACUUUCGCACUCUUUAAGCUCACUGGACAUUUUCGCAAAGCCGCCGGAGAAUUACCUGCAAAUGAAGCCCAUCAUGCACCAGAAGUCCUGCGACAACAUGAGCGACUUUCGGACGAAUGGCGUCAAUCUGUGGUCCAGCUAUAAGCCGGUGUACAAACAACCCAUGCUGCCCAGAUUUCGAACGGACAGCGACAUCUCCAAUGGAUCCGUACCCUCCAGAUCGUACGAGUACAUAAAUCUACUGAGGAACGGCUCCCACAGCGAUGAUAACUCCGCCAGCACCAGUAGCAACUCUGCGGUGCGUCAACAAGCGGUGGCUACGUACGUGGAGAUGAAGCUGGCAACGCCGCCAGUUCCUAAACCACGCACUCGAAUAAACGGCGAAUACAACGACUAUGCGAAUCUGGUGCCAAUAGAAGAAGGCAGCUGCGUGGCAGCUGUGGAUAAUAACAAUAAUAGCAAUAGUAAUGGCACAAAAUUGCGAUUGGUUCGCCAUUCACCCACGCCGGAUUAUCCACCACCCACGGUCACCGAGGCGGAACGCACGAUCUUAAACUUCAUGCAGCCGGCUACUUUGCGCAAAAACAGUUUGCUGGAACCGGCGGAAUCCCCUCGAACCACCAACUCAGUGAGCUCUGACCAAGUGGAGGAAUACGUUGCCGACAUACCCUUUGCUGGACUAUUCAAAGGAUCCACUUUGAACUUGUCCUCGGAUGUGGUGGAUGGCAUUGGUGCUGUGCCGGGAGAUAGGGAGUUUCUGCAAUCACCCAGCAUGGUGAGGUCAGCCCACGUCCAAAACCACAGACGCAGCCUGUCCAAGCAGCGAUACUCAGCGCUGGGCGAAGACUUCAGCGCGUCGCGAGUGUGGGCUGAAAUCGAUACCAUUUUUGAGAACAUUGGCAACGAAGUGUCCACAGUAGAGCAGGAAGUCGAGGAGCUUGUAGAAGAUCCUGCCAGCCUGUCCUUAGCGGAUUCCCGGCAGUCCCUACACAUACGAGAUCCCGCGGAAUUGCUAUUGGGCAGGAAACCGAGCGCCGCCUCCUCCAAUUGGUGCCACUCGCCAUACACACUGAUCUAUGGCGAAAUUCGCUACUCUCUGUUUUAUCUUGGGUCAACGGUCAUUCGAAAACUGCAAGGAACCCUUUCAACGCGCAAAUCCAUCCAGAAGCUGAAGAUCGAUGAGAACUUGAAGUCGGCGGCGAGUGUUAGUGAUUUCAGCUUGCUGGAAAACUGCACUACCUCCACAAAGUAUCUAAAGGCGGCCAACCAUCAGACGCGUCUCAAUGUGGACAUUGCUGUAUCCUGCGUCGGAGUCAAGUUCAUAGAUCACGAGAAAAAGACUGCCAUCUGUUGCCAUGACAUUGAGAACAUAAAUUGUGUUAGCCAGGACUCGGAGGACUUGCGCUACUUUGCGUACAUAACCAAAGAACAGGACCUGCACUACUGUCACGUCUUUAUGGUGGAUAGCUUGGAGCUGGCCAAGGAAAUCAUCAUGACGCUGGGACAGGCCUUCGAGGUGGCCUACCAGCUAGCACUAAGCAGACAGGGCACGUCCCUCAACGAAGAGUGCUAAUUCGAAGCCAUGAAAGCCAUGAAUUGCCACCGAGCGCGGCUUUAAUUAUUUAUUUCAUUGCAUUUCAAACGUAAAGUUCUUUUUUUACUCAUUUGCUAGUCGUUGAUGCCAUCAUCUGGCUUUGCUUCACAUAAGUCAGCUCACAUGUUAAGUAUUUUGAGAGUUUUUAAAUAAAUUUACAAAAUUGCUUUUUAAA